AUGUUGCGAAAUACAUGUUGUUCACAUGUAGAAGGUGGUCGUUACAUUUCGCCCGAAUUUCUUAGUCAUGUAGACGAUGGACAGAAUUUAGAACAAUCAGUUGAUGAUCGUGUUAUUCUUUAUCGACCUCUGUAUGUUUGCAUUGCCCGACAACAUGACAACGAUACACAACAUCUUAGCCAUCAAAUUAAGAAAUCUGCAUCAAUGAUUAGCAGAAGUGCUUUACAGUUGACUGUACCGGAAGCCGGGCACUGUUUGGAAAUGGAACCGAUGUCUGCUGAUGAUUACGAUGAUGAUGAUGAUGAUAAUGAUGAUGAUAAUGAUGAUUAUAAUUCUUCGUUAGAUAAAACUGAUUACCAGUAA